UAUUGUUGUCUACUGAGAGCUGUAACACAAUGGCGUGCGAUGUCAAAGUGUCUACACUGUAAGUCAUUGUAGGUCGUGGCCACCUAAUUGCGUAGCCUGGCAGUUACGCGUAUUCCUAGUAACCUCUGAUAUGACGAUUCAUCACAAGGGACACAGAAGGCACCAUUGUUAGCUAACCCUGUCAUCUCGCCUAAGCUUUUUUUUCUUCCCCCGCAGACUGGUAGUGGAGAGAGAACGUGACCUGAAACAAAAAAAGCAUAAGUCUAGUUUACAGACCGACAGAGAGCUUUGCUGCGGGAAUAAUUAUCAAGCUGUUCCCUUGUUCUUGAAGGAGGAAUGGCACCCUCGUGACCAAGAGGUUGACUGAAUCAUAUGUGAAUCACUGCGGAUCGAAGAAAGGUGAAAGGUGACGAGUUCUCUGGCCGGGGGAAAGUCCCGCACACAAGGCGAUCGCCGAUCAUUAUUUUUUUUCUCCGGAUGUUAUAGAGGAUUGUACAGGCACUUCUGUCAUGCAGGUAUGACAGCAGACUCGCGACCAGCCAUGGCAGAGUACCGCCCCAAAAAGCUAAAUGAAUCUGGGGCUUUUUGGCAGCUUGUAGGAAAGAGGACUAGCACAAUGACCAGUAAACUGUCCAAAUUGUUCAAGCCGAGCAAGCGUGCCGACAAGAUGUCGGAUGGAGGAGAGGAAGCAGAGGGUGCUAACAUGACAAUUGGGGAACCCUUUAAUGUUGUCAGGAAUUAUCAUGUCAAUUUCGAUAGAGAGAAAGGGUGUUUUGUUGGUUUGCCUCCUUCGUGGACUGAUCUUCUUAAAAGCUCCAAUAUUACAACCAGAGGAACAAAAGGCUCAUCACAAGAGGUGGUCAACUCUCUCAAGACCUAUGCCAAGUCAAUCAAACGCAAAUCUUCCACAGCAAAGUUUAUGCUUGUUGCAACCACCAUAAGAGAAUCAGAUGAACUGUUAGAAACACAGCCAAGUCAAGAAGGAGAUGGUUCAAAGAAUGCUACACAUGAGAAGGAUGUGUUUUCAGAUGGCAAAGCUCCAAUUGCUGGGUCAGAAGAGGUUAGGAAGGAGCCAGAGAGUCCUGAUGAUGCACAUGAUGGGCUUACAACAGCACGGCCUAAAGACAAUGCUGAUGAAGAUGAUGGACAGGUUGUUUCUCGUAGACCAAAGACACAGCACAUAGUAAUGACAGAUGACCAAAUCAACGAAUCAUUGAAGAAACUUGCCAGUCCUGGUGAUCCCAAUGACAAGUACGAUGUUCAAAAGAAGCUGGGUGCUGGAGCAUCAGGAAGUGUGGUGAUGGCCAAACUGAGAAACAGCCCUGAUGUGGUAGCCAUCAAGAUGAUGGAUCUCAACAACCAGCCCAAAAAAGAGCUCAUCAUCACCGAGAUUGAAGUAAUGAAGACAUACCGUCAUGUCAACAUUGUCAAUUUCCUGGACUGCUACUAUCUUCAGAACGAACUGUGGGUGGUCAUGGAGUACUUGGAUGGAGGAGCAUUGACUGAUGUUGUUACAGAGACUAUCAUGAAGGAAGGUCAGAUUGCUGCUGUGUGUAAAGAGUGCCUGUCUGCUUUGGAGUUUCUUCAUGAACGCAGCAUUAUCCAUCGUGAUAUCAAGAGUGACAAUGUGCUGCUUGGAAUGGUUGGAGCGGUCAAAUUGACAGACUUUGGCUUUUGUGCUCAGCUUAGUGGGGACAAGAGCAAGCGAGAUACCAUGGUUGGCACGCCUUACUGGAUGGCACCUGAGGUUGUUUCCAGGAAACAGUAUGGGAACAAGGUGGAUAUCUGGUCACUGGGCAUUAUGAUCAUAGAGAUGUUGGAAGGGGAGCCCCCAUACCUGAAUGAGACGCCGCUCAAAGCCAUAUAUAAAAUUGCCACAAAGGGAAAGCCUGAUGUCAAAAAUGAGGAAAAGCUGUCUCCAGAGUUGCGGGACUUUAUCCACUGCUGCCUGGAUGUUGACCCAGAGAAACGGUCAUCUGCCAAAGAUCUACUGAAGCACAGCUUUCUGAAGAAGUCAAUGGCAUUGUCAACAUUAAAACCCCUAAUAAUGGCUGCUCGUCAGGCUACAGGCCACUGAAAGUUAGUCCAUGUGCAUGCUGCUUGUUCAUAAACAAGAUUCAUCUCUGUAUCCUGUUUGUAUUGAACUUGAAACUGUAUCUUUGGUCUGCAUAUUAGUAUGAUGUAAACAUAUAUUUUAGACACUUUUUGAGGUCAACAGUUAGUAGCCCUCCAUGCACUAUAUUGCCAUGUAAUGUUUGUCAAAUUGUUUUCAAACAGUAGAAUUUGACUGCACAUAAGAUCUUUUAUAUUACGAAGGGUUUUGUAUAAGUGAGCACUACAUGUUUUGGGUCAAACGUGUGCAUAAACUAUCUAAUGGACUUCUGACUCGGGUUGUGUUAAUCCAGAAAGUCCAAUGCUGACAGAAGUGACCAACCACAUCUGUUUUUAUUCGUGCAUGCUCUGUGGUAAACUGCCCUAAGAUUGAUAAGAUUUUAGCUGUAAAUACACAAUUUCUUUCAGCUUAAAUUGUUUUCUAGAAUCUUUUUUUUGAAAACAAAAUGUGUAUUUAACUCUAAAAUUUCAAGAUAUAUAUAUUAGGCAGAUGUGCUGAUGCACAUGCGCAUACCACAGAUGGAUGCCCUGGUGGCUUUGUGCCAAGCACUUGCCUUGUUUGGAAGUUUGAAUAAUGCUAAAAAAAAAAAGUGUCACUAAGAAGAAUAAGGUCCAAAAGUGUGAGCAGGUGGAUUGCUAAUUCACUAAUGAACACCCCUUUUGCCUCUGUACCCAAACAUCUUCAAAAAAAUAUCAUGCAACUUUCCAACUUUGAACCUUGAAAAGCAGAUUCCGUUCUCUAUUUACCUUCUUUGCACCUUUCCUUCCAUAAAAUGCUGAAUGACAUGUAUGACAGAAUAUGUAAGGGUCCACAUGUUACAUGUGGCUGAAGGAGAUGACGGGUACAGUUUGAGCCCCUGGAUUCCUAGUGAAGCAACAUUGCAAUGCAUGUUGUAUAGUACAAAGGUAAUGGAGAUGUCGGGGAUAGAGAGACCUUACCGAGACAAGAGGCCUAACUCUAACCCUUAGCACGACAUGAAAAUAUAACAUUACAGUGACUGGCUUAUAACUGAAGACUGUGAAGACGACAGUGGGUGAAGUUUCUUUAUUAUUAUUGCUGCUUUGAGGUAAAUAUUAGACCAAGAAAUCGAUACAUUUUUGGAAAGGAGAAAACUUGAAUUUUGCAAUAAAAGUGAUGAAAAUCACCUUCCCUGUGCUUCCUGACAAAGCCACGAUCGUGGCCCAUCAUGCUAAAGGGGAAUUAUAUAGAGAGUAGCAUUGUUGCAUUGAAAAUAUAGUUAUCAUCAUUCUUGUAAAGCUAAAUUGCAUCAGAGCAAUGAAAGCUAAUUAGUCACUGGUUCCCCACUACCCUGACCUGUGAGAAUCCGGUAGUAAAAGAACAGCUGUAUAAAAAUAGUUCAGAACAUUCAAAUUCUGCUUUCUCUUGAAUACCUUCUUCCUGCUCAGGGACACUUGCAUUUCUGCAUUAAUAAGGCAGGUAUUGAUGUGUUUCGAUAAUUUUGGAGAUAAACUUUAACACAAAGUAUCUAAUAAUUAGUUUUGGAGAUUUUUUCUAUACUGUUUUAUUUAUUUUAAAUUAUUUGUUAUAGUAGAAAGUACGGUACACAAUUUAUGUAAGCAGCUUUAAAAUAGAUUUUGUUUUUGAAAAUUGUGAAAGUAUUUAAAAGGCUGGCUUUUCAGCAGCCUUAUUUGUUGGCAGGUUACUACAGAUCAGAGAAAAAAAGAUAAUUUAAAACAGAUUUACAAGUUUAUGGGAAGAUUUUCAGACUUUUGCUGCCUUGCAUUUGGUGUGACUAUAAGUUUUACAAUCUUCUGUCACUUGCUUGAUCAUAUGGAAAGCUAGCAUCUCAGUUACAGAAAGUUAACACUGGACAACAACAUGGUAAAAAAGCUCAAUAAAUUUAGAACCUUAUUAACUCUGCCUCCAAAUUAAUAUGAACAUGCAAAAGUCAGCAUUGAUAACAAUGAAGCAGCAUUUAAAGGUUAAAACUCAUGCCAUAAUUGUUAGUGUAACAGCAACGUUAAGUUUGGUAGUGCUCAUUGCUAAGGAGAGCUGGAAAGGAUGAGAGAAGGUGCAUAGAGAGGAUUUUUGCCUUAGCAGUUCUGCAUUCCUGUGAUCCCUGAUUUUGACAAUUCUUUGCUCAAAGGUGUCAUGUAGUGUGGAUGUAUGGAAGUGGAUCCACUGAAAAAUUGAUGCGAAAAUUCCUUGUGAAGAUUGAAUGAUCCUGCAAAAGCACCCUCUCCUGAUUUUUAUUUUUAACAUCUGCUUGCAGGGACAUGUUUGUUCUAUAUUUGAAGAUGAAACUUUGCUCACUUUGUCAAUAAAUCUUCUCAUGCACCAAAAACAUCAGUGCCUUCACACAUUAGAGUUUAAUAGACGUAUAUUGUUUUUACUUACCCAUGAGUAAUAGCUGCAUUUUCUUGUAUAUAAUGCUUUAUUAUUGUCAAAGCUUUAGUUCUAAUUCAAAGAUCAUACCAUGUGUACUAUUUAACUGUUAAAAGCACACACAUCAAGAGGAAUAAUGCUGGGUAAAGCUGUUCAAUUUUCCAUUUUUGCAGCUGGGAAAUGCAUCUUGAAGUGAUCAUCAUUAGGAAAGCAUUGUCCUCUGGUAGACUGCUUGUAUGGACUGAAUUGGAAUUAUAUGUAUUUGAACAGACCUAAUGGUGUGAAGAUGCCUGAAAUGUAUAAUUGUUUCAGCGAAAAUGCUUUUAGGAGAAUGAAAAAAUGCCACGAAUGUUGAAAAAUAUGCUUGCCUAGAAAUAGGUUACGUCACACAGUUGAUGAAGUGUUUGUGCAAUUAGUUUCAGUUGAACUGUUGUCAUGAGGUCUGCUUCACUUUUACAAUGUUUUGAUGUUUGAUAACAAUGCAGGCUUUCUCCGUCAUUGAGCCUGCAGUUCCCAGUCUUGAGUUUGCCAUGAAAUGCUGAAGUUGGUAUGCAGAGUAUUCUAACUUAAAUCUCUUUAAAUCAGAAGGAUGAGCAGUUCUGUUGCAAAUUAUGCCAAAAAUGUUUCACUGUUUUUUACAAUCUUCUUAGCUGACACAGAACACUUCCAUUUUCCUUAGGAAAGUGAUGGUUGUAGCACAAAUGAAAGUCACAGCAUUAUUUGUAACUGGACAUUAAUGUUCGUAUCUGGAGUCUACAUUGCCAUCUUUAUUAAGGGCGACUGUGAAUUAUUGGCAGUAAAAAUGAAUUUAUACCUGGAAGUUUUUCACUGUUAGGUCUUAGAAAGCUUAUAAAGCAUUAAUGAAUGGGACUUGUUUUCUUUUUCUGAAUUUUUUUUUUUCAAACAUAUCAGUUUAUGACUACAAAUAUUUAUUUCAGUAUAAAUAACUGUUUAUGUAGCCUGUUCAUGUAAUCUUAACCUGCAGCUCAGCGCUUGCCUCAACACCUAGUAUUAUGUAGCUGUGCAACUAAGCUGCCACAAAUCCCUAUUGUGUUUCUAGCUGCCAGGAAAAAGAGGCCUCCAUUGUCUUUAUUUUGAAGUGUUAAAAGACUGUAUUUGGAAGGAAGCAUUGAGAACGAGAACCAGAGUUGCAUUGGGUUGGAAAUGUUUUUAUUUAGAAUAAAGGUAGGUUUCAAACAUACCUAUAGACAAACAUACCUAUAGACACAGUAAAACAUCCAAGUGCAUGACAGUGGCGAAAAAUAACAAAUGUAUGUCAACAAUAAUGGAAUAUUAAAUCUCACAUGCAUGCUUACACACACACACACAAAUACUUAAAUGGGUCACAAAGGCAAGCAUGCAGGAUGUGAGAUGGAAAGGCCUUUGUAUAAUGAAAGGUAUUCAACAUAUUCCAUCCAAUUACACAAGUUUCCCUCAAAGGCAUCUCAUACCUCAUUUUAGAGUUUUAAAAUAGUUUUGUUGUUUGUAUUGAGUAGUGCUAUUUAUGGUGAGCACUGUAAAUUUAUUAAAAAUAGACCUAUGUGUUUAUUCUUAUCAUAUUUGGAUGAAAUCAAUCUUUGACCUUUAUGUAUAAAACAUUGGUCAUGUAACAAUAUGCAAGGUUUCACAUGCUGGAGAACAGGAAAGUCAGAUACAGCAAUAUCUUAUUUGAUAUUGCAGGGAUAACAGCUUAUUCAUCUGCACCCGACACAAUGGUCUCAGCACUGAGAAUUAUCUCUUUGUCAUGCUCAAGAUUAAAUGCAUCAUCAGCAAAGUUUUAACAUGAACGGUGUAUGCUUUCUUCGUGCGAAGAAUGUUUAAGUUAAUCCACAGCUUUUCCAUGUCUUUUAUUAUCAUUUUGUCAAAUCUUAGGUAGAGCAUUAGUGUGGUUUUUUUCAUUACAGUAGCUGCUAAAGUGCGUGUAUAUUGUAAGCAUACCUGCUACAUUUUGAACAUGGAUUGAGAGACAGGCUAUAAAGAUUCUUUUGUUUUCUUUGCAUAUUUUCCCAAUGUCAUCUUUUGUACAUAUAUUGUUGCUUUAUUUGAUGAAUUUUUCCAGUCACUACCACUUGUCUAUAACAGUCUGUCUUAACAGUAAGGCAGGAGUCAGGUUUUCUGGUUUUUGUUUUGUCGUCUUUAAAGAAUAUUUGAAAUGAGUUACUUGUUUCACCAGUUGUUUUAAAGACUGGGAAGAUUUUCCACAAGAAUCAUGAGCAUCAUUUGUUAUCAUGUAUCUUUGCAUUCCUCAUUUUCUUUUGUUGUGUUUAUCAUUCUCCCUUCUCCCAUAACCCUGCCUCCAAGGUUUCCCCCACCCUCUGACAUCAGCCAUUGCCCCAGCCUCUUGCACAUUAUUUAUUGUAGAGUGCAUUCUCGCAAGCUUAUGUCAGGGAGAUACCCUGUUGUGUGACGUAACUGUCAGAUCUGUACCUUGUGCCACAUUCCAUCAGUACGAUCACUUGUCUUGUUGCUAGCUUUGUGAAAGGUCCACAACCUAUUUUGUGGUCAGCCGCAAAGAGAUGUUUUCCUGUUUGUUCUAUAGCCAUCAUGUUUACUUAAUGAUGUGCACAAUACCAACCUUCUAGUGGUGAAUGGACUGUUAAGAGGAGUGUUAUUUCAGUUCAUGUUUUUUAUCACAGGGCCACCAUUAGGAAGUGUUUUGGAAUCCUGCAUGUAAUUUCUCUUUCUUAGGAACAAAUUAAGCUAGUAAAACAUCUCAUUUAUCAUCACUAGAAAUUUAUAUAAAGCAACUGUUCUAGUAGGAGAAGAUUUAUAACUAAAACCUGUGGAAAAUAUGUUGGUUUUUUUUUUGUUGCCACACGUGGGAUUUAGUUCACAUGCAAUUUUUUUUUUAAAGGAGCAGCGGUAGUUGAGUACUCUCUUCCCAUUUGCUCUCAUGGACCACACAUUCUCGCACUCAAGCAUUUAUUUAUCCUCUAGUUCAAGAAAAACUACAGAGGUUGCUUUAAAAGAAAUUUGUUUCUUGUUAGAGCUUUUACUAAUUUAACAAAAUUUCUGAUAGAGUAAAGAACACAUAAUUUACCAUUUGUUUUACAAGGUGUUAGAUAAAAAAUAAGCAUUAAUUCUAAGAGCUCAUUUCAGCAUGUCUGUAAAUUGGAAUGCUAAUGGAAGUGUUUUGGAUACUGUAUUAUUUAGGGUGUAUAUUCUGCACAUGAACAUAUAUCCAUAUACCAAACCCAAUAAAGGAACUGCGCAAAUGUAUGCUUACGCAAUGCUUGUACAGUCUGGUAAAGGAAAUCAGCAUUUCAGUGAACGUCAGUCCAUGUUGAGUAUACAGCUAUAUAUAUUUGUCUUAUGUCUGGUUAGUUUUCUUUUUAGACCUGCUGCAGAGCAGUCUGACCUGUUUGGAAUAUAAAAUAGACCACAAUGCAAAGUGACAGUAUGCUAAUUCACUGAAAGCCCGAUGUCUUUGAGUGCUGAUAAUUGUUUUAGGUACGUGCAUAUCCAUCCAUGCAUACAUGCCCACACACACACAAAUAGCUCAUGCAUUUAACCAUUAAAAAAGUAGGUUGAAUGUGUUGUAAAACCCAUGAAUUUGUGAUUGGUUAUGCAAAGGAAAAAAAAUGUUUUGGAGACUAGGACAGAGAAAUUGUCAUUUUUUAAAAAUGCAGUACGUACAGUUUUCCAGACAGGUUUAUUUUAAAUAACACUUCUCUCUGUUCAUACCGGCAUAAAAAGAAAUGUAAAAUGGAAAA